AUGGCAGCCGACCAUCAACAAAUUGAACUGAUUCGAAUGUCACAACAGGCGGCUAUCCGGAAACCAGAGGAUGAUUGGACUGGUAUCAUAAACCGGACUGAACGGAGAAGGUUACAGAACCGUCUCAACCAAAGAAUAUAUCGGAUGCGACGCCAGAACCGAAACACAGAAGACAAAGAGCAUCCCCACAGCAACGAAGCCGUAGUUAUACCAUCCAGCUACACUCCUAUCCAGAUCGACGGAGAUGAAACGGAAUUUACCUGCACUAUCGCACCCCCACAAGUGUACUCAAUGAUGCGUCAAUUUGAGUCACUAGCCCUGGAAAGCUUUAUUCGCAACUCCCCCGAUAUCGACCACCUCCUCUCCCUCUCUAGGCUAAAUAUCCAACGUGCAAUCACCGAGAACACACGCUUGAUUGGCAUGACGAUGGAGUGGAUGCAAGAUGAUGAUGCUAUCUCCAUUUUCAACACUCCAAUGCCUAGCUUCUCGGUGUCAGCAAUACCCCCGAGUCUUCGACCAACAGAAUCUCAACAGCGCAUCCCUCACCACCCCUGGCUAGAUUUCUUCCCCUUUCACAAUAUGCGUGACAAUCUUAUAGCCAUCCAAGAGCUUAUUGAUGAUGAGGAUUUGUGUCAUGAUCUGAUGGCGUUCUGGGAUACAAGAAAUACCGGGGCUACUCUAUUAGUGUGGGGUCCUUCGUGGGAGCCAGAAAACUGGGAAGUCACGCCGGCCUUCCUGUUGAAGUGGGGAUUUCUGCUCAAAGGUUGUGAAGAGUUAGUGAUGAAUUCUAAUCGGUGGAGAGCAAAGAGGGGCGAGAAGCCGCUUGAUUGGAAAACAACGUUAGCUUUAAUAUACCGAUCGCCUAGUGAAUAG